AUUUCAUAAGCCAUUGUUCACUUGUCCCGAGUUGGGACGAAGAUAGCAGCUGAGCAUGUAACUUUCAACAGUGUGGAACAUUCUUGGUGGAUGGCGACUAAAAUUUCGUAUUUCGACAUUAAUAAAUUAACUUAAAUAAGUUCUAUAAGCUGAAUAUUUGCAUACAAAAUGGGGCAUAAUGGUGUAAGCGAUACCGGCGAUAUUAUCACGGGCACAAAUGGUGAACAAGACGUUGCAUUAAGAGAUAAUUGGGGACAUCUUGGGUUGCUCUAUAAGUGGUGGUGUCCAACCUCUGAAGACCAGCUUAGGGACGCAGAGACAAAAAUAUUAUCAUACCUCAAGACCCCUUCGGAAACGUAUCAUGUCGACAUUGGUCCCAUCAUGGUGGGUGGGGAAACGUCAAAUCAUCGCAUCUGGACAUUAUCCGCCAAAGAAUCCUUUCCAGAAAGAAUACCACUCGUCCUCCUGCACGGCCUUGGUGCAGCAGUGGGUCUCUGGGCACUCAAUUUGGACCAGUUAGCAAAGGACAGGCACGUCCACGCCAUCGACCUCAUGGGAUUUGGUCGAAGUUCUCGACCCCAAUUUAGUCAGGAUGCCGUUCUGGCGGAGGAGGAGUUGGUCACAUCGUUGGAAGAAUGGAGAAAGGAGAUGAAACUGGAAAAAAUUAUUUUGUUGGGCCACAGCAUGGGGGCGUUUAUUGCGACAUGUUAUGCGCUCAAAUAUCCGGAAAGGGUAGCGUCCCUCAUAUUGGCGGACCCUUGGGGUGUUACAGAACCACCGGCCGAUAUUUAUGCCAGAUUUGCACUUCCCUACCUAGUUAAAGUUAUUGACUACAUUAUGACGUACUUUUAUCCAUUUUUUGGUCUCAGAAUGAUUGGCAGAUUGGGACCAAAAAUAACUGGAAUUGUAAAAUGGAGACUAGUGAAAAAUUUUAAAAGUUUGGGUGGACAAGAAGCCGCGUAUGCAAUACAGGAGUAUAUUUACCAUGCAAAUGCUGCACCGCCAUCAGGUGAAGCCGCCUUUUACUGGAUGAAAGGUUCUUUAGCAUUUGCAAAAAAUCCACUCAUUCGCAGAUUCGCCUUUCUCCAUCCGGACAUUGCAUUGUGCCUCAUUUACGGUGGGAGGUCGUGGCUUCGACAGUGUUCGAAAGAAGUUUUGACGCAAAUUUGCCCAGACUCUGACAUCGAAGUGGAGAUCAUUCCUCAUGCAACACACCAAGUACCCACAGAUGCUAUAGACGAGUUUAACCAGAUAGUGUUGAGGGCUUGUACCAAUGCUGACAAUAAAAGUAUAAUUAUCGAUAAAAAUUAGAUUUGCGUAGAACACUAAAUAAUUCCAAAUUUCGGAAUAAUGACAAGUUAUUAAUAUUCAAGAUAAAGAUAAAUUAAAUUUUUGGGCAGCAUUGAGAGAGAACAUAUAUCCUUAUUUUUGGACUCUUCCCGACAAUAAUAUAUAAAUCGUAAAGUUACAGUAGUUAAAUAAAUACAAAAUAUGAAUAAGUUAAACCAA